UGAGGCUGCCAGCGACCGCAAGUGGCUGAGAUUGUUUUAAGUCUGUGCAAAGAUAUCUGUGAGUCAACGUGAUAACCGCGGUGUCGUUACGGUUGAUUUCUUGCGCACAAUUAAGCCCAGAGGAUACAGAUCAAAUCAUCAAGUUUGAAGGAGAGCGAGUGGAAUAUUUGCAGUUUAAAAAGAUCAGCAGUCGACAUGUUUCAGGGAUUGUUGCGCAAGGUAGUUAAAAAGGGCAGCACGGUGCCUGAGCAGCCUGAGGAAGUGGCCAGAAUACCAGGGGCUCCGCCGUCACCAGCUCUCAGCCACCUCAACCGUGAUGAAAUGGAGAAGCUCACAGAAGUGUUCAGAAGGCAAGAAGAAAUGGAGAAACUAGAGCAAAAAAAUAUCAAGAAAUUAAUGUCAGAGCUAGAGGCAUUCGAAAAAAGUGUGAAAGAAUUAGCGGCUAGCAAAAGCGGGUCUAAAGCUCUAGACAUGCGACUUUGCAAACUGUGCUACAAGACAAAGUUUGCCGAUGGCAUAGGCCGAAUUUGCCAGCAUUGCCAAAAGCGUGUAUGCAGCAAAUGUCGACAAUACCUGAAACCGACCUGGAACACAAAAAAACAUAAGUUUACCAAAGGUCGCUGGGUUUGUAAUCUAUGCUCUAUCAAAUGGGAAGUGAUGUGCAAGACGGGACUAUGGUACCAUGGACCAGAGACAAUUGGUAAUAAGCCGGCUGGUGCCUUCUUUGGGAAACUCCAGCGAGAAUGGUGUUUAUCUGUAACGGAUGGGGAUUCCCAAAUGGAUUCCGACUCCUCUGUGUGUCGUCGGGGCAGAAACAACGAGUCUGCAGUCACAGAUUCCGAAAUGCAUACAUGCAACCAAACGCCCAAUGAACAACAUCGUCGGCGCAGCACUCCCAACGACGGAGAGUCCCGUGACCGCCGCCGUCGACUGCAGCGUCAAAGUAACAGGACGGCAGUUGUAGCACCUACAGAAUCCUAUUCAGACUCAGACACCGGGCAAGAUCGUGAUCGACUACGUACGAGAAGACGCAUGACGCUUGACUCGUAUGGCAGGCUAAACAAUGAUGCACGUAGCAAAAUCAGAACACAUUUUGAACCCAGCGAUAACUCCGAUUCCGACACACUUGAACAAAACUGCAGAUUUAGGAAAAAAGAAGGAAGUCAUGCCAAUGGAGAAUUUACCAUAAAUGUGCUGGACAAUGUGAGGAAGAAGUUAGAAGCUAAUGUCAGACCUAGUUCAGAUUCAGAAACUGGGCACACCCAAAGCCACGUCCUACCUAGGAAGCGGGUGUCGUCUAUCGCAAACGGUGAAUUGAUUUUUAAUGAAUGGAACAAGGCAAGGCAUAAUUUACGCAUAGGCGAGAAGCAUAAUACCGAGGCUGGUGUAAAGCACAGGCGUCGCUUACUUGGGGUGGCAUCAGACGAAGAUGAAGAAUUUAGGGGUAUCGAAUCCAAUCACAGAGAUUCAGUGAGAAAUGAUGUUGGAGAAGUGCGUAACAAUGGGGGCCAGAGGCAGGCGCUUCUUCUUCAUCUCCAAUCUCCCAUCACCGCUGAAGUGGAUGGCGACGUUUUCAGUAAAAUGUCCAGCUUUCACGUUGAUGUUAGAAACUCCAUUAGACACUCGUCUGGACGACAGGAAAGCAGAUCAACAGAGUCGACAACUCAAGCCUCUUUAAGCCACCCGAGGACAAUGGCCAAAGUCGCUCCAUUCAGUAGAGAGGUACCACAUGGCGCCAAGGAAGGCGAAAGGGGGCGGCGCCAGCUCCCUACUCUGAACAUUAUUCCAAAUAUUGAUGUUUCUUUGAUGGGAGAGGUUUUGCAAGUAACCUUGCAAAGAUCCAGUGAAGAGGCCAUUUGCAGCAACUUUGGUUUCGGCGUGCGAGUUGUCGGCGGCAAGAUAAGUGAGAAUGGAAUACUUUACGCAUAUAUUGCGAGAAUCGUUGCCGGUAGUCCUGCUGACGUGGAGGGUAACGUUUCAGUAGGGGAUGCAGUUCUGGAAUGGAAUAACCAGUCCCUUAUUAAUUUGACGUUUGAAGCUACUCAACAGAUCAUCCACUCCUCAUACGUUCAGGAAAGUGUUCAUCUCCUUAUUAGCCGGGUUCAGAAGAGAGCCUCGUUGUUACACUCGAGAAAAACACUACAGUUGAGUGAUCAUGGAAAAGGAGAUCGUUUUUCAGAUAUCAACGAUUAUGACAGUAAUCGUCGACACACGGACCACUUUCAAUUCGAAGUGAGGGCAACAGAAUCUAGAAAACACCGACUUUUGCCGCCAACUCCAGUUGACUCAGUGCGGCCAUCAACAUCGGCCACAGGAAGGUUGGAGGUUCAAGUACGAUACGAGAUGGCCUCGGUAAAAGUAACUGUAAGGCAGGCCAGUGGAUUGAAGAGAGAAACUAAUGAAAGUGGCCAACUUGAUCUUCCCAAUCCAUACGUGAAAGUCAGCCUACUCCCUGGAAGAUGGCAGUAUCCCGUUCACAGAACUGAAACUCUCACUGUGAAUGCAGCACCGGUGUGGAAUAAGAUGUUCGUCUAUUAUGAUAUUACUGAGGAAGAGUUGCAUACCAAGUCCCUUGAAUUUACUUUGUGGGACUAUCACCCCAAAGAAAACAAUACUUUUAUGGGAGAAGUGGUGCUUGAUUUGAAUGCGGUAAAUUUGGAUGGCCUUGCUCAGUGGUACAACCUAACACCACACGAUGAAAACAAUGGACAGCUUAUGCAGCCAACUCCCAAAAAGAGUGAUCAGAAAGGGGAAUCUGAACCAGCAGAAGACAUUCAGACGCCUGUUCCUCCAAUGCCAGCUCACGAGAGAGCCAAGUCUCUUCUGAAAACACACCACCGAGGAUCGGGGACUCUUAAGCGUUUUCUGCAGAGGCACCUCACGCGAAGCUCGUUAACAUCUCCUACGUCCUCAUUACGCAGCAGUGUUCAAGGAAGGGACUUGCAUUUGUCUGACAGCGAGCUAUCCGAUCAUACCCAAACUACAAGUCAGGACUAUACUGCGCUGCGAGACAACUCUGAUAUUUCCCAACUUCCAUGCAACUCUGAGAGUAUAAGCAGUACCCCAGUGUGCAAUACAGUGCCAAAUACCCCAGAUUGCAACAACAUAACAGAAAGUCGAAAAAACAGUGAGAAAAGCGAUCUGUCUGAGAGUGAUGUGGAUAACUACUUUAGUGAUUUCAAGGAGCGUCACGCACCCAAGUCACAAGUCACUGUUGACCCUGGACUAGGGCCCGGGCAAGUGCAGCUCCCAGCAGACAGGCUAGGUCAAGGUGCUGUGAAAUUACGGUUUACAGUUACUAAAGGAAACUUGGAGGUGGAUAUAUUCUGUGCGAAAGGGUUACCAGUAAAUAACAACGAAAUUCCUGACACAUACGUGAAGACCUAUUUGCGACAGGGACAGAAACGGUUUCAGAAACGAAAAACGCGGAUUGUAAGGAAGUCCUUAGAUCCAGUUUACAAGGAGAAGAUCAAUUACUUAGCACGGGAUGUCCAUGGGAGACAUUUACAGUUUUAUGCUCCAUGGUGUGGGCACUGUAAAAAACUAGAGCCUAUUUUCACGGAAGUUGGACUGGCGCUCCGCCAUACAGGUAUCAGGGUGGCUAAACUUGAUGGAACGGCUUACUCCUCCGUAAUGCAUGCUUUUGAAGUACGAGGAUUUCCUACUAUAAAAUUUAUUAAAGGAGACAAAAACUACACCUUUACUGGGGACAGGACAAAGGAAGAUAUUGUCCAGUUUGCUAAGAAGGCAGAUGGUCCUGGUGUCCGCUUCCUGAGUAGUCUUGGAAAGUUCAGAGAGGCGAAAAGUGAGCAUAAAGAUGAGGACACGGUGUUUUUUGUCUAUGUGGGGAACCAGGAUCCUCAGGUGUCAGCACUUCUGAGUGCCUACAAACAAAUCGCCCAAGAGAGGAAAGUGCAGACAUAUUUCUAUGCUGGUGAGAUACGCAUACUACCAGAGGAAAUUAAAGCUAGUCUCAAAGCAGAAUCCACUGUGAUUGUAUUCAAAGAUGAUGUUUAUGAAGAAUAUGAAGGGUGA